AUGGUCGAUUCACAAAUUCCCCCGAAGGCUACUCACUCUACUCACCAUUUCGAGAUGGAAAUUCUAGAAGCUCCGAUUCUUGAUGGAGCAAGAGCCGACACCAUCAGAUGGAGCUUUCUGAUCAGACCCUCUCUGCUUGAGCUCCAAGAGCCGCAGCUAACUAAUUUGGCGGCGACUCCUCAACACAGUUUUCUUCAAGCGCUGAAACCUGAGCCUCGAGCUCACCCCAGAACUCAGGAUAUUACUGCAGCUCUUGUUUCAUACACGCCAUGGUUCAGAUUCUGUUCCAUCAGGCGACGACGUUCCCGACUCAGGCACCGAACAAUGCAGCGCGAAAACAUGUGGUUUGACUUGCGACCGAACGUUUGUGGACCCUGGCCUUCUCCUCAAGUGCCUUUCAAGCGUGAUACCAAAAUUACGAAACAUCCUCGCUUGUGGCCACGCCAUGGAUUUUGUGCCUGGACUAAAGUAGGCGCCAGAGCAAGCUCCAAGCCAGGGACACUUUGUCGAACCGACCUGGACAUCUCCAGUAGAAGAUCAAUGUGGCCACGGAAAAACCGCAAAACUAUCGUCGACAGGACGCGGAACAUGUUGCAUUGCUCGUCGCCUUGCACACCAAGAAAGCCUUGA